ACUACGAAAAUCGGUCGCAUUUAGUCACUCUUCCGUUAGCCUCCGUCCAACUCCGGUCAUUCAAAUUACUUUUUUAUUUUUAUGAAUGUCACUCGAAUUACUGAAACAUGUCACAGUUAGUCACUCUCUAUUAGCCUCCGUCCAACUUCAUUAACGGAGUUAGGCGAAAACUAACGGGAGAGUGACUAAAUGUGGUAUGUUUCAGUAAUUCAAGUGACCAAAAUUGAUAUAAAUUUUUUCUAAUGACUAAACAUGACAUGAUUUAGUAAUUUCAGUGAACAAAUGUAGCAUUUAUCCGAUAAAUUUACAACUCUACAACUUAUUUGUUCAAAAUUGAUUAUGUGAGGGUUGGUCUAGUUAAAAUCAAUAAUGUAGGGAUCCGUAAGAAAUUAUAAAGAACUUAUAAUCCAGAAGACACUCGAAGAACAAACAAAAAAAAAGAUAUUUGAGGAGACAGAGAGGGAGGUUGCUUCACUAACCGUUUGGCUUUGCCUAAAUCCUAAUGCCACUGAUCGCAUAGCGCACUCGCAGCAUUCUGAAGUUCCGAGAGAAGACCUCCGGCGGCGUCUCCUCGUCGAAACCUUGUUGCCGCUGUUCAUUGUCUUCUUCGCCGCUCGAGCUUUCAGUAAUUCAGUUCUCCCCAUCCCAACUUCAUCUCCCGUCGCUCCAAGGUUAAAUUUUUUUUUUUUUUACGAUCCAAUUGCAUUCCGCGGGUUCACUUACCUCUCCAGUUCAUCUGCUGCUUUAUCUUUGUCGCCUCGUCGGGGUUUUCCUUUCGUUCUUAUGGCGGAAGCACCUUCUCAUUCUUGCAUUCAAUCCUUUUGCGCCUUCGUCAGUCUUUUGUUAGAAUUGGGAUUUCAGUUCCUUCCAGAUUGAACUGAAUGUUUUGUUUAAUCCAAUUUGAUACCCUCAUUGUUUCCAUCUUUCUCGUUUCUCAUUAUUCCAGCGGCAAUUCACGCAGUAAUUGGUGGAUACCACGCCAAUUCGAGGGUCACUGAAGUUUGUUCUGAAAUAGAAGAUUGGGGCUAGCGUGUGUUUGGACCAACAUUCUUCCGGUCGGCCUUCUACCGACGAGGAUUGAGUUAACAAGUACUUAGGGGGUUUCUUUUUUACGCCGAUUGGUUCUGGGUAUGUCCAGCCGUUAAAGCUCUCUCCCCCGCGAUUGAAUAAAACCUUUGGGGUAUGAGAUUCGCUGAUGUCCCUUCUUCUCAUCUUGUCUUUGCAUGUGUCGGUUAUGACGAAUGAAUGAAAUUGUUAUGCAUUUACCAUUCUAAUAGAGCUGUGCCUUUGGCUUACAUUUUUGUAUUUCAGGGCCAUGCCUCGUAAAGUUAACCGCGGAGUUGAUAUCGAUGAAGACUAUGAUAGUUAUGAAGAUUAUGACUAUGAAGAUGACUAUGAUUAUAGUGUAGAAAGUCCUGGUGAGUUUUGUUGCUCCAUUUGUAUGUAGGAGCUUUAUACAUUUCAACUUUGAAGGUGGAACUUGUGAGUUAUUAUCUGCAAGCUACUAUGAAUGGUACAUUCUUGAUGGAACUUCUUAAAUGCAGCUAGUAAAGUAGUUGUACCCAAGUCAUAUUUGUUGCAACCCUUUUAUUGAAACUCGGGUAUUCCUCUUCCAUUGGUGCCUGAUAUGCUCCUGAUGUACUCAUUCUUCUCCUUGGCAUUUUUAGUGACCAUAUCCAUAGAAGUCUCCCUCUGGUAGGGAUGGAAAUAAAUGGUACUGACUAUAGGGAUUAAGUGUGAAGACAUGCAAGGGAGUAUCUUUUGUGUCUGGUACAGUGAUCAGAUAUAGAAAGACCUCGUGAUUACCUUUUUGGAAGUGGGACUUACAAUGUAUGCAUAUAUGCACUGCUAUCAAAGGUUAACUAUUGGUGAUAAUCGCUUCUCUUGCUCAACAAAUUUAUUUUCUUAUGGUCCCAAAAUCGUACUAGUAUCACCUUUUAACGGGUUGCACCAUUGGUGCUCUUUCCAAGCAAUUUAUAUCUUAUGGUAUCAAAAUUGUACUAGUAUCACCUUUUAAUAGGUUGCACGUCAGGGUUAUUUGUAGGUUAGUUUUUAUCCAAUAGGGGUAGCAUGGUAGGUAUAUGAAAGCCUUCAACAUUUACAACCAGGAAUCAAUCUAAGCAGGGCUGCUGGAAUAAAAUUUCUCACUAAACCCUAGGAACUCCGCCUGUGUAUUUUUCAAACCAAUACACAAGAAGUUUUAUUGUAAAAGCAAAUCUUCUGAAUGUUUGUUUCUUGUUCAAAAUGGUACUUCGGUUGUCGGGCUGCGGCUGUACAAAGAUUGUAAUCUAAUUGACUGACUUCGUAUUUGUGAUAGCAAAAGCAGAAGAGCCUCAUCAAAAAACUAAAAAGCUGUGGAGCUGCUCUAUUUGUACAUAUGACAAUGAAGAGAGCAUGUCUGCAUGUGAUAUUUGUGGUGUUGUUCGCAACCCCGUGGCUGGUGAUUUCAAGAACAGCAAUAAGAAAACAGCUGCUUUCAAGUUUGAUGCUCCAUCUCCUGAUGAUACGGUUUCAAUUGGGUUACAGUCCUCAAAAUUGCUUGCUAAAGGUAAUGUAAAGCCUUCAACUGUAGCUGAAGACCAUAAUGGUGCAGAAAGUGCACAUUCUACCACGCAGAGGUCUGAAAAGUCAUCCAAAUCAAACGGGAAACGAGAAACAUUUCAUGGAAGUGAUGGUGGUUUAGGGGGGCACAAUUCUUCGAAGAAGGGCGUCCUCAGUGGUCAAUGUAGUGAUGAAGCUUCUGGUAGCUCUACCCCAUUGAAGAUUAAAGAAAAACAUAAAAAUGCAGAUGAUGACUUCAUUGGUCAAAAGCGAACGGCUCCCACCAGCAAUUUCGGGAAGAUAUCCUUGUCUGACCAACCCGGGAAUUCCAAUGCUCUUGAUUCCAGAAAAGCCAAGUCAAUUGCAGAAUACCAUCCUGAUAAAUGGAUGCUUCCCGACAAGGCUAACGAUACAUUAACUCAAUUAAACCUUGCAAUUGUUGGUCAUGUUGAUUCAGGAAAAUCAACAUUGUCAGGAAGACUGCUGCAUCUUUUGGGAAGAAUCACUAAAAAAGAAAUGCACAAAUAUGAAAAAGAAGCCAAGAUACAGGGAAAGAGUUCCUUUGCUUAUGCAUGGGCUUUAGAUGAGAGCACUGAAGAGCGGGAAAGGGGAAUUACCAUGAACGUGGCAGUUGCCUAUUUUGAUUCCAAAAUGUAUCACGUUGUCAUCCUGGAUUCUCCUGGUCAUAAAGAUUUUGUUCCAAACAUGAUAUCUGGUGCAACACAAGCGGAUGCUGCUAUUCUAGUGAUCGAUGCAUCUAAUGGUGCCUUUGAAGCUGGAUUCGAUGGUUCCAAAGGGCAAACACGGGAGCAUGUCCUACUGAUUAGAAGCUUUGGUGUGGAACAACUUAUAGUUGCUGUCAACAAAAUGGAUGCUGUGGGAUACUCAAAAAAUCGAUUUGAUCUUAUAGUAACACAACUUGGUGCAUUUUUUCGUUCUUGUGGCUUCAAGGAAUCAUGUAUUUUCUGGAUUCCUUUGAGCGCUAUAGAAAACCAAAAUCUAGUGGCUGCUCCUUCUGAUGCUCGUUUAUUAUCUUGGUAUAGAGGGCCUUAUUUGUUAGAUGCAAUUGAUUCUUUGCAAUCUCCAGCCAGAGAUUUUGCCAAACCGCUACUGAUGCCCAUAUGUGAUGUAACCAAAUCAUCUUCACAAGGUCAGGUGUCGGUCUGCGGAAAAUUAGUUGCUGGAGCACUUCGAAGUGGAUUGAAGGUGGUGGUGAUGCCUUCUGGAGAAGUGGGAACAAUAAAGUCCCUAGAGCGUGAUUCUCAAAGCUCUACUGUUGCCAGAGCAGGAGACAAUGUAACUCUCAAUCUCCAAGGACUCGAUCUGAGUAACAAUGUCGUGCCUGGAGGUGUUGUAUGCCACCCUGACUAUCCUGUUGCUGUUGCAAAGCAUUUUGAGCUGAAAGUACGCGCUUUAGAAGAACUAGCACUCCCUAUUCUCAACGGCUCUCAGGUUGAGUUUCACAUACAUCAUGCACAAGAGGCAGGAAAGGUAUCGAAAAUAGUAUCGAUACUCGAUCCGAAGUCGGGGAAGGAGACAAAGAGAUCACCCCGAUGCCUUCUCUCCAAGCAAAGCGCAGUGCUCGAGGUUGUUUUGAAUAAGCCGGUCUGCGUGGAACAAUACUCCAACUGCAGAGCCCUCGGGAGGGCGUCCCUCAGAGCCAUGGGGAGGACCAUUGCCAUUGGCAUCGUCACCCGGAUAAUCCAGUAGGAGGACCUGCAAUUUUGAGCUGUGUACACUUUUGAGGACAGUUGACGUAGGUAACUUGCAAGAGGGAAUGAGGGUAGUUGUCUACACACGUUUUGUGUAGAGUCCUGUAUGUAUGAUUUUCAAAGUGUUUGUUGUUUCUUUCUUCGUUUACUCGAUUAGUGUAACUGUGUAAGUGGCUACUCUCCAUUUUUCUGGGUGGUGGUGGAGGGUCUGGGCUGCGAAGCAAGUGACUUUCUACGAAGUUGAAUGGAAUCACGUUAGGCAAGUGCGCGUGGAAUUGUGCUCAAGUUCGAAUGAGAUGAUGGAUUAAGUUGGUUCACUAAAAAUCAAAGGUUUUAGUCGUGGUGCUUCAAUGGUUUCAUACGCACUAAAAAUUAUCAAUUAUUUUAGACUUUCGCGGAAUGUUUUUUCAAUUAAAUCGUAGACACGAUUUCACAAACACCAACACAAGUCAAAUUAGGAAGAUGUGAUGUUGCUUGUAUCAAGUGAUGACAAUAGAGCAGGGCGGAUACCUCAUUGUUCAUAUUUGUCCCGCACCAAGUGUGGGUGAGGUCGGGUAAUACUCGUGCAUGCAUGAGUUGAGGCAGGACCCAUUCUUUGAAAAAAAACGUUUAUCUUUUAGUGAUAAAACAAAAAGAAAUUAGUUCCUUAAAUAAAUAGCGAUAAAAGGUAGACAAAUUGAGGCCAAUUUGUUAAAAAUAAAGUCUUAUACGUACUUAAAGUAUCAUUGGGUGAAAAUAUGAGUUAAGAUAAAUCAAAAUAAAAGAAGUAUUGAGACAGAUUAAGGUAGCACUGUUCAAAAUGGGGCGGGCAGGUCGGAAGUAGUACCCAUGCCCCCUACCAGGCUCGGGUCAGAUAAUACUCAAUAGGACGAGGUCAAAUUGCCAUGAUUCAAAGUUAAGUAAUUUCUUGAAAUAGUGACACUUUUAGUAAAAAGUUGCAAAUAUAUAUAAACGAAGAAACUAGAGUAGACUUUUCUUUCUAAAAGGCAAAAAAAGAGGGGGGAAACUUCAUAAUUGCCAGGGCAUUAGUGGUUUUGAGGACAAAAGAAAAUGGAGGUAGCUGAUAUAAGGGGAAAGCGGUUGAGAAUCUGGAGAAAGCAGAAAUGAACGAAGAAAGCAUUGAACUAGGUCUCUAAGAACAAAUUUUUGUACAAUCUUAUAAACAGAAAACUGUACAAUUACAAUCACAAUUAUCUUAAAACCGAAAUGAGAAUAUUAUCCUCAAAAUGAUUGCGGGAGAAGUAUUUUUAUAUGACAAAGAUAAAAAAAAAGUAAAUUAUUAAUUCGAUUUUAAUAUUUUUGCAGAAACCAAUUUUUGUAUCACUCAUCACAUUAUUCAUUGUCGUUACACUAAAAAAGUUAUCAGGGUAUACAUAUUAUUAACUCGAGCUGGUGCUCAGUUUCUAAUAAGAUCUUGUAGCUUCAACUUAGAAAAUACCCGACAAAAAUUAAUUUAUUUGAAGUACAUUAUCUUUGACAUAGGAAGCUAUUCAAACAAAUUGACAUUUGUAUGUAUUUCAGAAAACAAAGCACAGAGGGAAUUAGGAAAAUAAGGGCAUAAACUAUAAAGUCAUCAAUCAACCAUUAAAAGAAGAAAAAGAAAGGACAUUGGAAACGGGGAAAAGGGAAAAGUGGAGGAAGGAGGGCUACACUCUACUGAAAGAAAGGAGAAGGGAGUGGGAAAAUCUCUUGUGCUACUCGUUUUUUAGGGGUCGUUUGGAUUAGAGUUCUAACGGGAGAUUUAGGCACAAUUUCUCAUCAUUAGAGAUUUUAAUUAAAAUCAUUCGUUUGGAAACAAAAUUUAAGAACAUUAUCUUUGACCUCAAUUGAACAAAUUCGUGGGAAAAUCAUCGGUAUGAAGUCGAUAGUAAAAAUUUGUAAAAUCAUUAUUAAAAGUUGGUCAAUAUCGAAAGAAUUCGUGAUCCGAUCAAAAUCAUCUUCUUCUUUUUUUUUAUGUCUAAACAAAAAUAAUGAUGUUUUUUUCAU